GUUUUUAAUAAUUAAUCUUUAAGUAAGUAUUUAAAAUCUGUACAUAUUUUUAGGACGUUCAGUGUGCAACAAUGAUUGGUGUAUAUCAGGCUAUUUUUCUUGUGUUUUUCCUAGGCCACCUUCAUGGUGAGCCUAUCCCGGCCCAGCCGGCUUUCGUGGAGGACCUGCGCGCCGCCAGUGCCUCCAGGAUCGUGGCUGGCUGGCCGGCGCUGGAGGGGCAGAUCCCCCACCAGGUCAGCCUGCGCAUGGUCAACAACGACGCCCGCGUCAGCUCCUGCGGAGGGUCCGUCAUCAGCGAGAACUUCGUGCUCACCGCUGCGCAUUGCGUUGCUAACCAAAGAUCGUUCGUGAUCCGCUUCGGAGUGACCAACCUGACGCGCCCCGCGUACAUAGCCGAGGCGUCGACCAGAUACAUCUACCCCACUUACAUCGAGUGGCUUCCUUUCGUACAGACCGACGACAUUGCUCUGAUCGAGCUACAGUCGCCAGUGCCUUUCGGACCCACGAUCCAGCCGGUGCGUCUGCAGAGCAGCGCGCAGAAGAACAAGGUGUACACCGGCAUCCGCCUCACCGUCAGCGGCUUCGGACGCACUGACGACCCUGUCAAUGGCGGUGAAGCGUCGGAGAUCCUCCUGUGGACAUUCCUGCGCGGCAUCACUAACGAAGAGUGCCGCAUGUGGUACCCUGGUAGCACGGUCCAAGCCCAGACCAUCUGUGCUGAGUACUACAACAACACUGCCCAGUCUUCUUGCCAGGGAGACAGCGGUGGUCCUCUGACGACUGUAGACUUGGACGGUCAGGUGACUCAGGUCGGACUCGUCAGCUUCGGUUCUUCAUCUGGAUGCAACAGUCCCUACCCUUCAGCAUACGUCCGUCCGGGGCACUACCACGAGUGGUUGCUCGAGAUCACCGGAAUCAACUUCGACUGGGACAGCGACGCCAUUACUGAAGCACCUUCCACUGAGUCUGAAUCAUCAGAGUCUUCAGAGUCUUCAGAGUCGUCAGAGUCUUCAGAGUCUCCAGAGUCAUCAGAGUCAUCGGAAUCUUCAGAGUCCUCAGAGUCAUCGGCAACUUCAGAGUCGGUGGAAACUGAACCCGAACAAAUCAAUGUAGUCAACAACAACGUUUAAAUUGCUCCAACUAAGUUCAUUAAUAUCAUAAUUAAUUAAAGUUUUAAUAUUAUUAUAAUAAAUACAUGACCCUAUUUGGUA